GGGAACAAGUACAAAUGUUGGGGUCUCCAACUUACAAGUUAGUCCUAAAACUUGGAGUUCAUCAGAUUUUACUAGGGUACAAGUUGGGGGUUUCUAGAUUCCACAUUUCUAGAUUCCACAUUGAUAUUCUUUUGUAAGUAGAAGUAAUUUUUUUUUGUUCAGAUCAAGCUCUAUACAAGACCUUUCCAUUCUGGAAAUUUCCCGCCCUCUCUCACUACCCUUCCUCAUUUAAAAAAAUAAAAAAUAAAAAAUAAAGUAAAAAAAAUUGUAGCCCUAUCUGAUUGGAUGUUGCUAAGAAAUAGAUGGCACUGACAGGAAGUAACUCGGUGGGAUGGGGGUUGGUCCCGCCUCUUCCUGUCUCUGCCCCUGCCUAGAAGCGGAGGCGGUGUCGGGGGCGGGCAAUUCUAGGCAGUCACGAGGUGGGGCUGUGCUUGGCGGCUGCCUUCGGGGCGUGGAGGAAACGAAACCUAGACUGGAGUAGGGCGGGGAGGAGGGGAGGAGGUCAGAAGGAGAAGGUGAUGCUCCUUGGGUAGGGAGUGGAUUCAUGGGUCCUCCUUGAGACCCACUCCAACUUGGCGGAGGUCGCUGAGAUUGCUGCUGUGGUAUAACCCCCCAACCUCAGCUCAGGCGUAAAGCUGCUCUUCCUUGAGGUCUUUCUGCUGGAACAUGAAGUGCCCUAGUUGUCACUACAUCUCCAAAGAUGAAGCUCCCAAGUUCUGCAGUGACUGUGGGAGGAAUUUGGUUCCUGCAGUCAACCCACAGAAGAAUGGUGAAUCCCAGCUAACUAUGGAAGUGGAAAUAGAAAGUGGAAAAGAACUUAAGGGUGCCAAUGAGUUUCCUUUGGUGAUGGAUACUAGUGACCAUUUACCUGAUAAAAAUAAAGAGGCCCAUCCAGAUAACGACUAUUCAGAUUCUUCAUGGACUAUACAAAAAACAAAGAAGAGGAAUAGAAAGAAGAAAAAGAAGAAGGAUCAAAAUCUUCUUUCAGAGGAACUGGACUCUUUAUCCCUGUCUCAUUCAGUCCCUUCUAGUUUGACUUCUCUUACAAACCUUGGAUUGAUGGAUAAUAAAACUAAUCCACAAGAAAGCCAAGUUCAAGAGGAUGGUUUAACCAAGCCCCUGGUUGAUUACAGUGAUAUUCAAACUGGAAGUAUUCAAAUCUCAUUUCCUUCUGUUAUUGAGAGUUUGAAUAACAAUAAUAAUGUUUUAGAAUCAGAGGAAUGUGGAACCAAAGAAAAAGAAAUUUCAGAUUUAGAAGCUCCAGUGGAAAAGAUGGAAAUUGAUGUACAUCCUGAGAUUAGUCAGUCUGUCAGAAUACUAGAAGCAGUCAAUAAGAAGGAAAAUUGUAGCCCUGUUGAUUUGGUCAAGAUUCAGGGACCCACUUCUAUAGUAGGGAAGGAUAUGGAACAAUGCAAGGUAAAAGAUACCACUUGGGAGUCUCUCACUGAAUUGACUUCAUCUAAAAUUGAGGAAAUGGAUCUUUUAUACUCAUCUGGUCAAAAGGUCCCCCUACCAGAAUCAAAAGUGGACAUUCCUAAUCAAAGGAAAAGAAAAGAAACAUCCAAGCCACUAACGAAUGCCUCACCUCCCAGAGAAGCUAAAAUGAAGUCAACUAAUCAAGUAAGGGGAGCAGGAAAAGAGGAUAAAAACAAGAAUCAAGAAUUGAAGCAGCAGCUUGCAAGUGAAUUAGCUUCCCGAGAAGUUGAAACCCAGAAGAAACCUAUCAAUCAAAUGGAGAGAGUAGAGGAUAAAAAUAAACCUAAGGAUAUGAAGAAGCAAGAAGCGCCUUCUGAAAGUUGUAUUGAUUCUACUUUGAGAAAUCUGGAACAUUCAAAGGAACAAAGAAGCCAGACUGCCAAUGAAAAAAAAUUAAAAAAUAGGACAUUAAAUCUUGGUGAAGGAAUCAGAGUAUACUUCCAUGCAAUUCUGUCUGUGGAUUUCUUAUUUGAUCCUCAGUGUCAUAAAGUGUCCAUCAGGGGUGGAGAAGACUUUGGAAAAAAUGCUUGGGAUCAUGAUGUUUGUGAAAUGAACUGUACAAAAAAUCUGAGUGGACAUGGAUUCCUUAUCGAAGGUAGUAUGAUGAUUUCCAAGGAUAAAAUGCAGAAAUCUAUCCCUUACAAAUAUUUUAUUAUUCAUGACUCAAUUCAGGAGUAUGAAUUUAUAUAUAAAAUACCUUGCAAGACUGGACAACAUGUCAACCGUUGUUUGUUUAUAAAGGAUUCAGCUCUAACAUCUGGAGAAUGGCACCAGUAUGAUGAUAUAAUUUGUAAGAAGCCCCCUAAGAACCUGAUAAUGAAAUUCAAGAAUUUUUUCACAGAUGAGACAGCAAAGGUGGUAAAAGGAAAAUACAUUGCAGCCAAAAUUAUGCUGGAGAAUAUCUUCAGUAUCUUUAGUACUUGGAGCACCAUUAAUUUGAAUAGCUUUUUCAGCCAGUUUUCUCAGUAUUAUUUUGUGGUCACGAAGCCUAUGGUUUAUGAAGACCAGUCAAAGCAGUGGACAACGUUAGGAUAUGGAGAAAAAGAGAUGAAGAACGUAUUGUGGGAAAAAAUGAAAUGUUUCAUUUCAUCAUCUUUGAGCAAGAAGAAUGAUGAUACAUUUCAGCCAUUGAAGAUGGGGCUAAUUAUCCUCAUAUUAGUUGAAACAUAUAAAUUUCCUGCAUCAGAAGAGGACCUCACCUCAUUGUGUAAACUUCUUUGUUUGGACUCGAUUUCAUGGACGGACCUUUGUCAAGAACUAAAGCACAUUCAAGGGGCAAAUCUGAACUUGAAAAAUCACCUGAUAAAUAUGUGCCAAAAGUGUAUUGAAAAAGAAAUUUUCUAUUGGGUGUGGAUUCUCCCCAUUCUGCACUAUUUUGUGGAAUUUGUUGACCAAAAAAAAGAUACCCGAAUCCAGCCUCAAAAUACUUGGGCUGGUCUUGAGCUGCUUCCCUUCUCUCAAUUUCAGAAGAUGGUGUCAAAAGAAAAAAGAAUACUUCAGUACAUGAAAGAAAAAAAACACUUGCUGACAGUAGAUCAAAAGUUAUUCCGGUCCUGGUUCUGCUUGAUACCCUUGAGUAGUAUGGUUGACUUCUUGGACAAUUCAAUGGAAUACUUAACUAAUUGUCUUGUUAGCAUAUUAGACUGUCUUCAAGGAACUUACUAUCAACUUCAGGAGACCAACAUCUCUCUCACAAAUCAUGAGAGUUUAGAGAACCUCUUUAAAAAGCUCUUGAACCUUCUGAAUGCAAAUCAGGACAAGCUUCAAAUAGACAUGUUAGAACCUUACUUUCCUGUUUGCUUAAAACUCCAUGAAAUUGUCUGCAAAAAAACAGAAUUGUUAAAGUUUUAUGGAUUGCCUGUCUUAUCUGCAGAGAUUAUUUCUACGAUGAUCAGAAUUACACUUUUUGGGGAUCCCAAAGAUAGAAAAAACAAUGAAAAUGGAAACAUUUCUGUUGAACAACUAUUUCAGGAAACUCUAACUAUUACCAAAAAUUGGUUCCGGAGCAUUUUAAAAGAAGGCCUGCUUCUACAAUAUAGACCAUAUCUGUCUUAUAAUGAUGAACCUAUGGCCUGGAGUGAAUUUGUAAAAAUCAACUUUACUAUUGAACAUCUUUCUAAGGAAUGGAAGAAGUCAUUACUUAGUGAAUUAGAAGGAAGAAUAAAACAGGAGAAACCAGUUCAACAGAUCAUUGUAUACUGCCGCUGUCAUGACAACCUUAAAAAAGUGGAGACCUGUGUUGCUAAGACCUUUGAGACCUGUGCUAUUGAAGCUGUGAGCCCAGUCUGCCAGUCUCAGACCAGUAUCUUCGAUCUGUUAAAUUCUCAUAACCUCAGGAAAUUUGGGACUCUUGUUUCUGCGAUCAUCACUAAGUCCUGGCCAGAAAAGAAUGGGAAAAAAGUGGAUGAUUUGGCUGAUGUUUUGCAACACCUGCUCACCUGGACAGAUAUCAAACAUCUCUUUAAUUUAUAUGGAAGUGAUCAGAAGAUACUAGAGGAGAUCACAGAAGAUGCAAAGAAGCUGAUGGCCAUUGCCGACUCUGUGUUUAUUAAAGUUACUUGUGGUCUCCUGAGUGGAAAGCUUCUAUUUAGACAUAUGGACCUAAUUGAAAAGCACAAGAAACAACUUCUACAUUUGUGGAAAUUAAAAAACAACACUCUUUCACCGCAGGAGAAAGAAUUUGAUUUAGAAAAAGUAUUAUCUUGGAGAACCUGUGAAUUACAAUCUUUAAAAAGAGAGAGAAAAUUUGUGGAGAGUCUUUUGAAGUUGUGUCGAAAGGUGAAAGAAUUUGUAAAAGUGGACUUUGGAGAUAUUGAAAAGAAACAUUUGGAAGAUGUUAGUGGCAAAAGAAUUGAUGAAGUGGUAACAGUGGGAGAGCUGCAUUUUUCUCCUGCUUGUGAGCACCAGACCUAUUACAACCUGAGUCCCUGGUUACUGGAGAUGGCCAAAAAAGUGGACUCCUUAAAAGACAGCUACAUCUUUCAAGUUUGCUGGGAAGAAGAAGCUCAGUCUCUUGGGGAAGAUGAUGACAACUCUUCGAUGCUGAUUCUGAACCUUAAGAAUGUAUAUGAUGUAUUAUACUCUCCUUGUUACAGAAGAUUUCUUAAGCUUUAUAAGGAUCUGAAGUCAGGAGAGCUCACAUUUGCUGAAGUACAUUCUGUUUUCAAAAAUUUUGUAAACAAGUAUGAUGAUCUUACAAGAGACCUCAAGAUCAUGUGCAGGCUAGAUACUAAUGACAAGCAUGACUGGAUCAGUAAGCGUGUCCAGCAGAUCAAGGAAUAUCAUCACCUACAUUUGGCUGUUGAUUCAGCCAAGGUCAUCUGCAAAGUGAAAGAGGACUUGGGUUUGACUGGUAACUUCAGUGUCCUUCAGAUAUUAUUAAGCUUUACUGAUGAAUUUAAUGCUGCCCAUGAGAAAUUGGAUCGUAUCAGCAGUCAACUUAUACAAGCCAAACAAUUGCUACAAGAUAUUGAUGAGUCCCGGCGUCAAUGUCUGGAAGAAAUUUCAUUGAGGAAAGAAUUUAUUGGCUGGGUCAAAAUGGCUCUUGAAGAUAUUAAUGAAUUAAAGGUUUUUGUGGACUUGGCCUCCAUCUCAGCGGGGGAGAAUGAUAUGGAUGUGGACCGAGUGGCCUGUUUCCAUGAUGCUGUGCAAGGCUAUGCCUCAAUACUAUAUAAGCUUGAUGUUGGGGCAGGCUUUAGUGAGUUCAUGGAACAUUUGAAGGAACUGUGGAAAGCUCUGGAAAAUGACCAGCAUUUGCCCAAGAAACUACGUGACUCUGCUCGACAUCUGGAAUGGCUAAAAACAGUAAAGGAUAGUCAUGGAUCUGUAGAAUUGUCAUCUUUGUCACUAGCAACAGCCAUCAACAGCAAAGGCAUCUAUGUUAUUAGACCUCCCAAAGAUUCUCAGAAGGUUUCCCUGGACACAGUGCUACAGUUGAGCCUUCCUGAAAAACAUGAAGAUCAUGAAGAAGAACGCCAGUAUUCCUUAGAGGAAUUGAAGGAACUUCUAAACAAGUUGAUGCUGAUGUCUGGCAAGAAAGACCAAAAUAAUGUAGAAGUGGAUAAAUUCUCAGAGGUAUUUUGCAAUAUCCAGAGACUUGCCCAGGCCUUUAUAAACCUUUAUUCUGCUGGAAAUGUACUGUUCAGGUCUUGGACAGCUAUGGUAUAUUGUUCCUCCAAGAGUCCGAUUUGCAUACAAAUGAACUUCCACUUGAAUGCUGUGGGGAAGCUCACUGGAAAAGGGGAAGUGACUGAAGUUCUGGCAGCCCUCUGUAAGCAAAUGGAACUCUUCCUAGGAAACUGGAAAAGAUUUAUGAUUGAGAAGCGAUCUAAAUACUUUUACCUCAAUUAUUAUACUGCUGAACAGUUAGUUUAUCUGUGCAUAGAAUUUAAAAAACAGAAGCCUAGUGAAGCUGCCUUAGCUAUGUUAUCCUUCAUCAAAAAAAAUUGUACAAGAUAUGAUGUCUUAAAAAUUUUGAGUACAUCUUUUGGAGGACCAUUCCAGCAUCACAUGAACCAGUUCAGCCUUGAUGAAUUACAGUUGGUGCUAUUUUCUGAGUCAGAGCUGAUGGGCAAGGUCAAAGUUGUAUGGGACUUUUACAUGAAUUACAUACGUGCCUUUUUGCCUGAUUGCUUGGAUAUUGAUUCUCUUGGUCUUUGUUUGGCCUGCCUGUCAGAGACAGGAGACACUCCUACUGAGCGGCAUCUACCACAAGGCUUGCAGGCUGGUCAGCCUAACCUCAUCAUCUGUCCUCAUUCUGAUGUACUGUCUGUGGCCCUGGCUAUCUAUAUGGAGACUCCCUGCCAGCCCCUGCCCACUUAUGAUGAGGUUCUUCUCUGCACCCCUCUGACAACAUAUGAGGAGGUAUCAUUGUUCUUACGCCGUUGCCUCACCCUGGGGUACCAGGGACACAAGGUCUAUAGUUUGCUCUAUGCAGAUGAGCUCAGCUAUGAGGUGAGCUGCCAGGUGGAAGAACUGUUCCAGAACUUAUGUGUGCAGCGCCACAGGGAAGACUAUCGAUUGGUGAUCAUCUGCAACAAUGACCGGGAACAUUGUUAUAUCCCUUCUGUCUUCAGCCAGUACAAAGUUCUCGUGACCCCUCAGCAGUCUCUUGGGGACAUCCAGGCAUAUCUACAAAGUCAUUACCAAGUUUCAUAUCAUACCCAUUCAGCAGCUUCUGUGUUUAAGGACCGUGUUUGUGUGAAGGUCGUGACUUCCAAGCGAGCAGGAGUUGGAAAAUCCCUCUAUGUAAAAAGGCUUCAUAGCAAACUGAAAUAUGAAAAUUCUGGGGAGGAAGUGCCUCUGAAGACUAUUAGAUUGAUCGAGUCCCAUGUGAAUGAAAGCAAAGUGUUAGCGUCCCUCCUACCUUUCUUAAAUGUAAAAUACCAGAAAAAACCCAUGCUUAUUCAUUUGGACAUCACUUCUUCAGUACAGACUGGAAUUUGGGAAUUUCUUUUCAAAUUGCUGAUUUUACAGUACCUGAUGGAUACAAAUGGGAAAAUGUGGCCUCGACAUAAAUGCCAUUUAUAUGUCAUUGAAAUCUUGGAAUUUACUUCUACAUUACCUAAGAGGCCAUCAAAGUUGAAUACUCAUAGUCAGCAGUUCAGUUUUCUUGAAAUCUUCCCCAAAGUCACGUGCAGGCCUCCCAAGGAAGUAAUGUGUAUGCCUUUGAUUUCUUCUACAAAUGAAAUGGAACCACGAAUGGAUCGAGAAGAAUUCUGUAGCGAAUCCUUCCAGAGACCUUUUCAGUACUUAAAAAGAUUCCAUCGAGGCCAAAACCUUGAUAUAUUUCAAUACAAACCAGGUUCCAUUGAAGGGACCCCAGAAGAAUGUCUCCAGCAAUUGUUGAUACACUGUGGUAUGAUGGAUCCUUCUUGGUCUGAACUUCAGAACUUUUCCAGGUUUUUGAAUUAUCAGCUCAGAGAUUGUGAGGCUUCUCUUUUCUGCAACCCUGCCUUUAUUGGGGAUACUCUGACUGGCUUCAAAAAUUUUGUAGUCACAUUUAUGAUUCUUAUGGCCAGAGAUUUUGCAACUCCAUCACUUAACAUUUCUGAUCAGAGCUCAGAGAGGCAGGUCUUCAAUAUGGAUGGUGUCAAUGAAGAGGAUAUUGCUCCUUUUUGUCUCAGAAAGAAAUGGGAAUCUGAGCCCCAUCCAUAUAUUUUUUUCAAUGAUGAUCACACAUCUAUGACAUUUAUAGGUUUCCAUCUCCAACUCAACCAGAAUGGUGGCAUUGAUGCUAUCAGCCACUUGGAUGGAAAAGUUAUUAAGAGAAAUGUUAUGACACAGGAAUUAUACAAGGGAUUACUCCUUCAGAGGGUGCCUUUCAAUAUUAAUUUUGACCAACUUGCCAGAAGUAAGAAGCUUGAAAUACUUUGUAUGGUUUUGGGAAUCCAAUGGCCCAUGGACCCUGAUGAGACAUAUGAGCUUACUACUGACAAUAUCCUCAAGAUUCUUGCUAUUGAGAUGCGGUUCCGGUGUGGAAUCCCUGUAAUAAUCAUGGGAGAAACUGGCUGUGGAAAAACCAGGCUAAUUAAAUUUUUGAGUGAUCUACGGCGUGGUGGAGUUGAUGCUGAGAAUAUGAAACUAGUCAAGGUUCAUGGUGGCACUAGUGCAGCCACAAUCUACUCCAAAAUCAGAGAGGCAGAAGCAAUUGCACUUUUUAACAGAAGUCAGUAUCAGUUUGAUACUGUCUUAUUCUUUGAUGAGGCCAAUACAACUGAGGCUAUAAGCUGCAUCAAAGAAGUUCUGUGUGACAAUACAGUGGAUGGAGACCCCUUGAUUGAAGAUUCUGGCUUGCAUAUCAUAGCAGCUUGCAACCCAUACCGAAAGCACACACGAGAGAUGAUCAAACGUUUAGAGACUGCUGGUUUAGGAUACCGUGUUAAAGCAGAUGAGACUGUGGAAAAGCUUGGCUCCAUUCCUCUGAGGCAAUUGGUUUACCGAGUCCAUGCUCUUCCACCAAGCAUGAUCCCUCUUGUGUGGGACUUUGGGCAACUAAACAAUGCUGCUGAAAGACUUUAUAUUCAGCAAAUUGCCCAAAGACUUGUCCACUCAAUGGGAAUCACUAAGAAAGAUAUCCAUGUGAUCACAGAGAUACUGUCUGCUUCCCAGAGUUACAUGAGGAAAAGGGAUAAUGAGUGUAGUUUUGUCAGUCUUCGGGAUGUGGAGCGUUGUGUGGAGGUUUUCAGGUGGUUUUAUGGCCAUAGUAAAUUGCUCUUGAUGAAGCUGAAUGUUUUCCUCCAAAAGUCAAAUGCUAACAGAAGCAACUUUGAGAGAGAUCCUGUUCUCUGGUCUUUAGUGCUAGCUAUUGGAGUAUGUUAUCAUGCCUCUUUAGAAGAGAAGGAAGCAUAUUGGGAAGUCAUUUGCCAACUCUUCAGAGGGCCAUAUAGUGAUAUUAAGACAGUUCUGGAUGAAAUAAGUCAAAUACAGGAUCUUUUUCUCAGUGGUGUACCUCUACGAAAUACAAUAGCCAAGAAUUUAGCUUUGAAGGAAAAUAUCUUUAUGAUGGUGAUAUGCAUUGAACUCAGAAUUCCUCUCUUCUUGGUUGGAAAACCUGGAAGCUCUAAAUCUCUUGCUAAGACAAUUGUGGCAGAUGCCAUGCAAGGUCAGGCUGCUUACAAUGAACUUUUUAGGGAGCUAAAACAAGUACAUUUAGUUUCUUUCCAGUGUAGCCCACACUCAACUCCCCAGGGAAUUAUAGGCACUUUCAAGCAAUGUGCCCGCUUUCAGCAAGGAAAGAAUCUGCAGGAGUAUGUUUCAGUUGUUGUUUUAGAUGAAGUUGGUUUAGCAGAAGAUUCUCCCAAAAUGCCACUGAAGACACUACAUCCCCUCUUGGAAGAUGGUUGCAUUGAUGAUGAUCCUCUCCCUCAUAAAAAAGUUGGCUUCAUUGGCAUCUCCAAUUGGGCCCUAGAUCCUGCCAAGAUGAACCGAGGCAUUUUUGUAUCUCGAGGUAGCCCCAACAAGAAAGAACUUAUUGAAAGUGCCAAAGGAAUUUGCUGUUCAGACACACUUAUUCAAGACAAAAUUAAAGAUUAUUUUGCAUCUUUUGCUGAAGCUUAUGAAGUAGUGUGUGAGACCCAAGACAAGGAGUUUUUUGGUUUACGUGACUACUAUAGCCUCAUCAAAAUGGUCUUUGCUAUGGCUAAAGCCUCAAAUAAGGAACCUACCCCCCAAGAAAUUGCACAGGCAGUCCUCAGAAACUUCAGUGGCAAGGAUAACAUUGAUGCAUUGGAUACUUUCACAGCCACAUUACCAGAGGCAGGGUUCUCUGAAGAAGUCAGCACCAUGGAUCUUAUUUGGCAGAACAUUUAUGGUGAUAGUCAGACUAACCAACAGGCAGAUGUUGAAUGCCGUUAUUUACUUGUGCUGACCAAAAAUUACGUGGCUCUACAAAUUCUCCAGCAGGCCUUCUUCAAUGAGAACCAGCAGCCAGAAAUUAUCUUUGGCUCCAGUUUUCCCAAGGACCAAGAAUAUACACAGAUCUGUAGAAAUAUCAACCGUGUCAAAAUAUGCAUGGAAACUGGGAAAAUGGUAGUGCUCCUCAAUCUGCAGAACCUUUAUGAGAGCCUCUAUGAUGCUCUUAACCAAUAUUAUGUUUAUCUUGGUGGUCAGAAAUAUGUGGACCUUGGUUUAGGAACCCAUCGUGUCAAAUGCAGAGUUCAUCCAGAUUUCCGCUUGAUUGUCAUUGAAGAGAAGGAGGUUGUUUAUAAACAGUUUCCCAUCCCACUCAUCAAUCGGCUAGAAAAGCACUACCUAGAUAUUAACACUGUUUUGGAGAAAUGGCAGAAGAAUAUUGUGAAAGAGCUCCAGACAUGGGUAAUGAAUUUCAUCAGUGUGAAUGCAGACCAGCCUUUUAACAAGCACAAAUACAGUCCUUCUGACGUAUUCAUUGGUUACCAUUCAGACACAUGUGCUUCUGUAGUACUACAGGUGACCAAUAGCCUGAGGCAACAGGAGUUGACUGAUGAAGUUUAUGAGAGGGUAUCUGAUGAAUCCAAGUAUGUGCUUCUGAAUUGUGCCACACCGGAUGCUGUGGUCCGACUCUCCAGUUCUAAACUGGGAUCAUUUGCUGCAAAAACUCUUGCACAAAAAUACUAUUGUGGUCAGCAACAUGAUUCCUUUGUAGACUUCCUUCAGGACCACCUCCAAAGGAUGGAUUCUGGCUGUGGCACCAUCUUCACAGAGAUCACUACUUUCUCUAGACUGUUGACUAGUCAUGACUCUGAAAUGUUAGAGACUGAAUUACAGGGUUUAGCACAGAAACCUAAGGUCCUCUGGCUACAGCAGUUUGAUACAGAAUAUUCAUUCCUCAAAGAGAUUAGGAACAGCUUGAAUAUUACAGCUGGAAACAAAAUCCUGAUUAUUCAGACAGAUUUUGAAGAUGACCCUAAAAGUGCUCAGCUUAUUGCUUCAGCCAAAUAUUCUGCUGUAAAUGAAAUCAACAAUUUACUAUUAGACAGGGGACACAUCUUUGUCUAUUUUAUAACAAAACUGUCUCGAAUGGAAAGUGGUUCUUCUUAUGUAGGAUUCCAUGGAGGCCUUUGGAACUCUGUGCAUAUUGAUGACCUACGAAGACCUACUAUUAUGGUUUCUGAUAUAACCAUUUUACAAAGUGUCUCAAUCAGCCAACUGUUCAAGCCAGAGGGUUUGUGUGAAGCCACAGAAUCCACCGAAAUGGAGGUGGAGCCUGGGACCGAAGCAGACAACGAAGCGGACAUUGAAAUGGAGACUGAUACAAUAUAUUGUGGAGAAAUGGAGGUGGAAAAUGAAAACUCAGAAAUGGAAAAGGGAAAAGAGCAUGCUGAGGUUCUAGAUACCACCACCCUCCUUAGAAGCUGUGUACAGAGUGCUAUGGGAAUGUUGAAAGACCAGGAUGAUGCUUUUAAACGUGCUACAAGGAGAGUAGAAAUUCUUCUCAGCCUCUUAAAUGAAGAUGAUGAUAUGAAAGCUUCUUUCUUACAGGUUUUCAAAGGUCGUCUAUUCUCUCUUUUGAAGAAACAGGAAGAUAAUUAUUUCUACAAUGUGAAGCAGUGGGUGGUAAGAGAAGCUUCCAAUCAGAAUGCCCUCCAGGAGGCAGGAACCUUCAGGCACACCUUGUGGAAACGGGUCCAGAAUGCAGUAAUACCUCUCCUGGCUGCUGUGGUAUCCUUUAUUGACAGAGACUGUAACCUUGAAUUGUUAGUCUGCCCAAGCUUUCCACUAUGGGUGAAGGCUCUGUGGAUGUUUAUUUUCCAGGAUCUUAAAUUUCUGAAUAUACCUCUCAUGUUCAACAAUACAGGCUUGAAGGCUGAAAUGGCACCUAUCAUGGUACCGAACUAUAUGAAGCUAUCAGAGAAUGUUUCAAAUGAUGUCCCUUUCUCUUGGAGAAUCAAGGACUAUUUGGAUGAGCUCUGGAUGGAAGCUCAGUACAUCACAAAUACUGAGGAAUUGUCAGAAAAGUUCGUAGACAUCUUCCAGAAGACCCGCCUUGGCAAAUUUCUAGCCAGUUUUAAUAAAGAACAACACCAAAUGCUCCUCCAGUCCUACUUGAAAGACUUCCUUCUCUUGACCAUGAGUGUGUCUACCUGUGAUGAAUUACAGUUUCUGCAGAUAGCCCUGUGGUCCUGUAUUGGGCAACUCAAAGCAGAAUCAGAGGAUGCAGAGGAAGGGCUCUCCUUACCUUGGGUGCAUCUUGCCUAUCAGCAUUUCAGAAACCGAAUUCAGAACUUUGCUAGGAUCCUCUCCAUUCAUCCCAGUGUCCUGCAGACCCUCCAAAAGGCAAAGAAUAACUUUGAUUUGGCUGGAUCUGAAAUGGUGUUAGACGUGUAUGCUGCACUGGCUUGUGCUGAAAUGUUGAAGAAGGAUGUUUUGAAGCCUAAUCCACAGGUUUGGUUGCAAAUGGUGAAGAAUCUUCACAUGCCUUUUGAGUUCCUCUGUACAGAGAGUUAUAUGCAAAGCUGUGGUGCCAUGUGCAGAACUGUGCUUAAAGAAAUCAAAACCCAGUGGAAUCAGAUCUUCUCUAUGGCACUCUUUGUGGAACAUGUGCUCCUGGAGACCAAGGCUCGCCUUCCUGACUUACAGAACUUGGUGAUUGAAUAUGUUUCUCUUUUGGGCAAGUGUCUUCAAGAUAAUUCGGAUAUCAAAACACAUCGACCUUUUGCUGCAGUGAUGACUGUUCUUUGCAAGUGCAAGGAUCGAGCAAGCCAGAUAUGCAUCAAGUAUGGCCUACAACCUUGUCCAGUUUGCCUAGGGGACCCAAAGGAACCUGUAUGCCUGCCUUGUGACCAUGUAUAUUGCAAGAAGUGCAUUAAAACUUGGCUCAUCCCUGGGCAAAUGAGGUGCCCUUUGUGUGUCACAGAUUUGCCGGACGAAUUCUCCAUUGUUGUAUCCCAGGAUCACAGUGAUGCUAUUGCAAAACAUAUACAGUUCCGCCAGAUGUGCAACAGUUUUUUCAUAGACCUUAUUUCUACCAUGUGUUUUAAAGACAACACUCCACCAGAUAAGGAAGUUAUUGAAGAAUUGCUCUCUCUGCUCUUUGUCCAUAAAAAAUUCUUAAGAGAUGAACUACUAGGACAUUCUGAACAUACAAAGUCACUCUCACCAUUUGAUGAUGUUAUAGAUAAAACUCCAGUUAUCCGCUCAGUAGUAUUAAAACUCCUUUUGAAGUACAGCUUCCAUGAUGUGAAAGAGUACAUUCAGGAUUAUUUGUCCCAAUUAGAGCAGAAACCAUUCCUAGAUGAAGAUAAAACUGAACUCUAUACACUUUUUAUUAACUGCCUGGAGGAUUCAAUAUAUGAGAAAGUUAGUGUUUGCUCUGAAAAGGAUGGACUCUGCUAUCUGAAGGAAGAGGGGCAUUUCCUUGGAAAUUAUUGUCCCUUACUGCAAAAUGUCAGAGAACCUGUGAAUGAAUCCUCAGUUGAAUACUUACAGGACAUGGCCAGGAUCCGGCUCUGCCUGGACAGAGCUUCAGAUUUCCUCUUUGAAUUGCAUGAAGCCGUAGAGGUGGCAGAGGACAAGCAAAGGUAUCUGCAGCAAGUUAAGAGAUUCUGCCUUCAAGCAGGUAAUGACUGGUAUAGAGUCUACUUGGUUCGGAAGCUUGUUAAUCAGCAUGGGAUGGAGUUUGUACAGAGCCUUUGCAAACAGGACCACCAGUCCCAGUGGGUGUUUCCCCAGGAAAUCAUCAAUCAGAUGCGAGAUCAGUCAGGCCAGAUGGAUCGCUACCUAGUUUGUGGAGAUAAUUACAAAGCCAUACGUGAUGCUGUGGGGAAGACAAUCCUCAGGUGUGAUCCAAAGUGUGUCAUGACUGCUCUGAAGAAAUGUAAGAGCUCAGACACUCAACAGGCUGUCUACCUUGUCUUGGCAAUUUUCCAGGAGCUCACUGUAUCUUAUAGAUCUCCUAAUGCAAACAUCCACCCCAAACCAGAGCAAUGUGAAGCAGUGAAUAUGUUCAUCAAGGAAGCAAAAGUCCUUUCUUCUCCUGCCUUGAAGGAAAUGGCAAAAUCUCUUGUGACCAAUGUUUGUCCUUCCCUGACUGUGCAUUCCCAUGAUUCUAGACAUAAAAGUACAGUGACAGAAUUAGCUGUUCACACUAUAGCUAUUCUGCUGUGUGGACAGAACCCAGUCCUAGAACCUUUAAAGAACCUUGCCUUUAACCCAGCCACCAUGCAGAAUUCAUUUCUUCCAACAAUGCCUGAAGACUUGCUGGCACAAGCUAAGAAUUGGCAGGGACUAGAAACAGUCCAUUGGUAUUUGUGUCCCAAUGGUCACCCUUGCUCUGUGGGAGAGUGUGGUGCCCCAAUGGAACGUAGUAGAUGUGUUGACUGUGGUGCUCGGAUUGGAGGAGAAAACCAUAAGGCUGAACAAGGCUUUAAUGUGAUCAGGAACAAUGUAGACAGAACUCAGUCUGGCCAUGUACUGGGAAAUCCUCAUGACAGAGGUGUUAUGGUGGUAUCAGACAGAGAGAUAUCCCCAGUUAUCUUCAGUCUCCUUCGCUUACUGACUCAUCUGGCUAUGCUUUUGGGAACUGCUCAGAAUACCCAGGCUCUAAUGAAAAUCAUUAAACCUCCAGUUAGGGAUCCAGAAAGCUUUCUUCAGCAACACGUCCAGAAAGACCUAGAGCAACUAAUGAAGAGCCUAGGAAGAAGUGCCGAUGAGACUGCAAGUGUGGUUCAUCUCAUUCUAUGUUGCCUCCUUAAGGAACUUCACCAGCAGCCCAGCCAUUGGCCUGUAGGUUUUGAUGCCACACUGUCCAGUAAAGAGAGGAGAAAUAACUGGGAAAAGGUUGUUGCUGCCAUGAUAAUAUGUGAACUAAAGUGUCUGGAUAAAACCCUUAUAGAGGCAAAUAUCCGCAUCAGCCAGGAUGAACGCAUCAGCUCCAACCCAGUGGCCAAAAUUAUGUAUGGUGACCCAGCGACCUUCCUGUCCCAUCUACCCAAAAAAAGUGUUGUACACUGCUCCAAAAUUUGGAGUUACAGGAAGAAAAUCACUGUUGAGUACCUCUGGCAUGUGGUGGAACAGAAUGAUGGGAAGGACAUUGUGCCAAUCCUUUAUAGGUUCCUGCAGAAGGAAAGAGAAUUGAGGCUGGUCAAAUUCUUACCAGAGAUAUUGUCCCUACAGAGGGAUUUGGUGAAAAGAUUCCAGAAUGUCUCAGAUGUUGAAUACAACACAAUCAGGGGUUUUCUCAGAAGUCACUAUCAUUCAGGAUUGAAGCUCUCAUUACAAAAACAAAUUCAAGUCUUUCUGUCUACUUGGAAUAAGCUGAGACGAUCACUCUAUACCAGUGGUGAAAUCAAACUACCUAAAGAGUAUUGUGAUGCUGACUUGAGUUUGGAAAAUGAGUUUGAAAUUCUCCUUCCACGUCGACGGGGUCUUGGCCUUUGUUCUACUGCCUUGGUCAGCUACCUGAUUGCUCUUCACAAUGACUUAGUCUAUACAGUGAGAAAAUACACCAGUGAAAGCAGUAGUUACUCUGUUAACUCUUCUGAGGUGACUGACCUGCAUGUUAUCAGCUAUGAAGUAGAGCGGGACUUGACCCCACUAAUUCUGUCCAACUGCCAAUACAGUGUGGAGAAAGGUAGAGAAACAUUACAGCAAUUUGACUUAGAGAAGAUUCAGAGGCAAGUGACCAGCCGAUUUCUCCAGGGGAAGCCACUCCUCACCCUACAGGGACUACCCACGUUGGUCUACAGACAUGACCGGAACUAUGAACAUAUCUUUAUGGACAUUAAGAAUAAGAUGACUCAGAAAUCUCUCCCCAACUCAGCCAUCAGUGCCAUCAGUGCACAGUUGCAGUCCUAUAGCGAUGCCUGUGAGGCACUCUCUGUUACAGAGAUUACACUGGGAUUUCUGAGCACAGCUGGGGGAGACCCUGAAAUGCAUUUAAAUGUCUACAUUCAAGACACCUUGCAGAUGCAUAGUCAAAUGGUUCUUGUAUUAAAGGCUUUAAGCAGGUGUCAGUUAAAGCACACCAUAGCCUUAUGGCAAUUCCUUUCUGCUCACAAGUCUGAACAGCUCCUAAGACUUAGAAAAGAUCCAUUUGGGGAAAUCAGUGCAGCAUACAAAGAAGACCUCAGUGUUGAGAAUGCUAAACUCCUCAACACUUUCCUAAAUCAGUCUGGGCUAGACACCUUUUUGCUGGAACUCCAUGAAAUGAUCUUCUUGAAGCUGAAGCACACUGAGACUGAGGGGGAGAACUUUAACCCUAAAUGGAGCUUAAGAGAGACACUGGUGAGUUAUAUGGAAACCAAGGAGAGUGAGAUCCCUCCAGAAGUGGAAUAUCAAUUUCCAGAAGAGAUUCUUCUCUCUCAUUGUAUUGCUGUUUGGAAAGCUGCUGCUGGCCUUAAACAGGAUCGAAGGCUUACAUAGACUUCUUUUAGUAGCACUGCCUUUGGAAGACACUUUUGGGAAAGGGGCAGAUUCUUCUGUCUCCUUCCUCUUGGGAGUGAAUUUUGUUUUCACAGACAGUAUGUUGCCUCUAUGAGUGCUUGGAAGAGAAACAACUGGUGCAGCAAUUAAUUCAGGACCAUGAUGUGUUGUACAAAUCUGCAAUCUUCCACACUCUGGGAGUUGUCAAGCUGUUUGGGGAAUGUGUAUAUUCCAAAACUCCACUCAUGAGUACUGUUCCCAGGAAGGUCUGAAUUCAGAAUGACUUGGAACUGCAAAUAAGCUAUCUUUCUUGACAUUCUGGAGCAGACAGGUUGCAGAGGGGCUUUUGACAGCUUUGUAUUGUUGAAUAAGAUCUUAUUCCUCUGGCUCUUUUAACCUGUUUAUCUGUAAAGCACAUACCCACCAGUUCAGACCUCAGCUUCCCCCAACUACCACACACCUAAGAGGAAAAAAUUGUUUCUGCUCAUCUUUUCACUUCAAGAUGUUUUAUCUGCACUCACAGAAGAAGUAGCUUUCUUCUCUAACUUUGGAGUUUCUACUCUACCACUUUACUAAUUUAGAGGAUGACAGUCUACUUAUUUCCUCAUCCUCUUAAUGCAAAACAAUACAGAAUGUUUUGUGAGUGCCUUAAGACUAAACAAAAUUUCUGAAUCAGACCUCCAGAAAUAAAAAAUACAGCCAAGUUCAAAUUGGUAGUAACCAAAAAUGAAAGCUUAACCUUGGAUCACAGUGGGGUAGGUUUGAGUCCUUGUGGGUAAUUCCUAAUUUUCUGGCAAAUGUGUCAAAUGAAUUCAGUAUAGAAACCUAAACUUCUUUGAAUACAACCUCUUUUAUUUCUAGUUCUCAUGCCUUAGCUGAGAGAAUAUACUAAUCCAGCCAGAAUUUGCAAAUGAGAAAGACUGUAAAUUUGCCCUGAUGUUCAGCUGCUUUUCUUAUCUGAGUUCUCCUCUCUAAUUCCUAUUUCUAGGAGCUCAAUAGAUGUAUUUGUAAUAUUGAAAUUAAGGUUUUGACUUGGGAGUUAAUGGAAAAUGUGCAUUUUAAAAAUUAACAUUCUAAGUAAAUUCAGAUCCUGUACUAGUCUGUGUAGUUAAAUCAUCAAUGUACAUCUUAAAUAACAGUGGAGAGAAUUGCAGAAGGAAAAUUUUAAUUCAUUUUCUAAUUUUCAUUGCUUUGAUCCUUUUUAAAGGGUGUUUGAAUAACUGGGGUAUUCAGAAUACUCAGUAAAGUGCUCUGAUUUGGUAGUAGUAAUCUCUUUGGCAGCACUUAGCCAUCUACUGAUCUGACAGUGUGAAGAUUAUAUAACAUGAUUAUCUCCAUCUCUUAUUUCCCACUGGAUGUAUUCUCUUAACUUCACAACUUUGGGGUGGAAACCACCUUGAUACCUCAAUUGAAAUAGAAUUCAUUUUAAUUCUUCAGGCCACAACUAGCAUCCUGACCUGGUUUCAGUUUCUUAGCUUGGUGCUGUCCCUACCUGUGCCUGUACCAUGCCUUAGCUGCAGUCAUUUGUUUACAGGUGUCAGGUGGGAGCCAGAGUAAUGUUGUUGCACUGAAGACCGUUUUUUGUUGGAUUUCCCCUCUACCCCUUCUCAUUUUUAUGAAGGACUUUUCUAUAAAGGGUUGUAUGUUUUUUUAAUUCCUCCAAAGCCUUAACUGUCUCGCCCAGCUUAGUCAUGCUGUACAUACAAAAGUUCACUUGACCUAGCACAUGGCAGAAACAGAUUUUAUUGUAAUUGUUAUUUCUGCUUUAAUAAACCUGAUUUUUUUUUU